UAUAAUUUUUCUCUCAUUCUAUGAGUAAUAAUUUAUUAGUCAGUAAUAAUUCACUUCACUUUUGCUCACGUCGAGAUCAAUCAAUAAAUUUAGCACUUUUACUCACGUACGUGAACCAUUGAAACCCGACCGGGCGUUUGCUUUACUGCACAGUUACACGAUUACCGUAUGCUACCGUGACCUUUUUAAAACUACACCUUAUGUUUUAUUAAAAUCAUGUCGAAUCGCGACAUUACUUACGAUUUACAACCGGAUUUUACCGAUUAUGUCCAAAAAGUUACUGACAUAUUGACUGCCCUCUGCACACAACUGGCGAAAGAUAUUUGCGAAUAUCUUCAACAAUCUUAUGAGAAACGUGAACAGUACGAAGAAGCUUCCUCGAAUAUUCCUGGGGACAAAAACCUGUAUGCCGCGGACUGCAAUACCUCCAGUUUAGACCGUAAUUCUGCUUUUAAAUACGUCAAGUCUGUCGGAAUCCAAUGCCACAUUAACGCAAAUGCCUCUGCCGACACCACCAUGAAAUCUGGAUAUUCCACUGUUUUCCCAACUAUCUGCACCAUCAAAAUCGGCUAUAAACAGGACUGCUCUACGUGGAAAUUCACCGACUUCUUCCCAAACGCGCAUCGACGGCGACAGCAGAAUGAUCCCCUGCCGGAUCUUGCACAAUGCUGCUCUACAGGGUGCUGUUCUUGGGAGUAACCAUCAGCGUCGUCGUCUGCACGACCCAUUCAUGGAGGUACUGAUGCGGCCGGAACCAGCACUGGAUGUAUCCUUCAUCGGCCAGUUUGACGGCCCGGAAGUAGAGUCUAACGUGUUCCAGCUGGCCCGGGCUGUUGGCCGACCCUCCCAAGUAGUACGGCUCAACGUCACGCGGUCCUUCCGUUCUGGGCACCAGACCCCGGUAGACAGCCUCCCACGGACCCUCCACGACGCGACCAUUGUGGACCCAGAUCAAAUGGUUGCGCAGUUCGAAGAAGACGUCCUCCGGUACGGGCAGCCGGAUGCUAAACUGCACCGCGACAGCCUCGCCCUCGAUGGCGGUCACGACGGGGCGUCGGGCGCGGCGAAGACCUCGCUGCGCUGCGUGAUCAGCGGCAGCAACAGGAAGCGCUGCAGGACGCGGCGCUCCGUAUUAUACUCGGGGCCCUGGGGCUCGAUGACGCAGCGCACGUUGCCGCCGGAACGCAUAGUGACGUUGCGGACGACGAAAAUCAGAGUGUGAUUAACGCGGGUGAAGUCGUAGGUCUGUCCCGUGGUGUCGCCGUCCCGCAAUGCCUGCGGCUCUCCUGCUUCGAAGACGGACCAGUCCUGGUGCAGCCAGGCCACGUGGCGCCAGUCGACGUCGACGGGGACGCUGCAGUGAAACACCGCGUCCUCCCCCAAACGCGGUCGGGACACCACGCUGUCCGGUGGGGUGUCGCUCGGAGCCAGUCCGGUCAGCACGAUGCGGUCUUCCUGUCGGUUAUUCAGCAACGCAUCCGCCAGCAUGUCGCUCACUAUCAAGUAACAG